CGCACAGGUCCUGGUCGCCUGGGAAACCGCGUGACAACAAGAUGGCGGCGCCGCGGGACAGGUGGGUGGCCUUGCGUCGGAGUUCCUGACAGCUAGAAUCUAGAAGUAGAACUAUGAGCUCCCCUUUGGCCUCCCUUGGCAAGACCCGGAGAGUACCCCUGCAGUCAGAGCCUGUGAAUCCAGGGAGGCGAGGGAUAAAAAUCUACGGAGAUGAAGAUGAGGUGGACAUGGUGAAUGACGGACAUGGCUCGGAAGAAAGGAUCUCUGUUCCUUCCUGCUAUGGCAACGUAGGUGCCCCUGUGAGUAGGCAAGUCCCUGUAUUCCACGACUCGGAACUGAUGGCCACCAUGACGAAGAGGUUGCGGGAUCUGGAGCAGCAGGUGAAGGCCCAGACUGAUGAGAUACUGUCCAAGGAUCGGAAGAUACGGGCCCUGGAGGAAUUGAUGCAGACCUUCCAGGAGCACCAAGGUGAGGCGACCCUGCAGCGGCAGGAGGAGCUGGAGACGAUGUGCACGCAGCUGCAGCGGCAGGUCGGGGAGAUGGAGCGGUUCCUCGGUGACUACGGCCUGCAGUGGGUAGGCGAACAUGUGGACCAGGAGGACUCGGAGGACAAGAUAGACUCAGAGGAUGGCAAGCAGGACUGGAUGACAGCCAAGAAGUUCUGGAAGCCAGGGGAUUCAUUGGUGCCCCCCGAGGUGGACUUUGACAGGCUUCUGGCCAGCCUGAAGGAUCUCAGUGAGUUGGUAGAUGGUGACACCCAGGUGACUCCACUGCCCAGCGCAGUACAGCUCCGUGACCUUGAGCCCAUCCCACUGAAGCUCUACCGGAAUGGCAUCAUGAUGUUCGAUGGGCCCUUCCGGCCCUUCUAUGAUCCCUCCACACAGCGCUGCCUCCGAGAUAUAUUGGAUGGCUUCUUCCCCUCAGAGCUCCAGCGGCUGUACCCUGAUGGGGUCCCCUUCAAGGUGAGUGACCUGCGCAAUCAGGUCUACCCAGAGAAUGGGCUGGACCCGUUCCCAGGUGAGGGCCGCGUGGUGAGCUGGCAGAGGAUUCGCAAGCCCUCGGACAGGAUGGAGCACCCAGGCUCCAGGAUGACCGUCGAGAAGUUUCUGAACAGGCUCCCCAAGUUUGUGAUCCGGCAAGGCGAGGUGAUUGACAUCCGGGGCCCCAUCCGGGACACCCUGCAGAGCUGCUGCCCAUUGCCUGCCCGGAUCCAGGAAAUCGUGGUGGAGACACCUGCCUUGGCUGCUGAGCGUCAGAGGAGCCAAGAGUCACCCGACUCACCAGCGCCCCCGCUCUCCAUGCUGCGCAUCAAGUCUGAGAAUGGCGAACAGGCCUUCCUGCUGAUGAUGCGGCCCGAGGACACUGUUGGCGACGUGCGUGCCCUGCUCGCACAGGCCAGGGCCGUGGACGCCACCACUUUCGAGAUCUUCAGUGCGUUCCCGCCCACCGUCUACCACGACGACACACUCACACUGCAGUCUGCAGGCCUGGUACCCAACGCAGCGCUGCUGCUGCGGGCGCCCCGGGCCCCACCGCCCGCCCCUGGCCCAGGCCCAGACCCUGGCCCCUGCUCCAAAUAAAGCGCCCGCCCCAACACGAACACUG